CACUUCCCAUAUGACAGGAAGAAGGCCGAGGAGGAUGAACGUUAAAACUACCAGAAAGGGAAGAAACUAAAAGGACAGGUCUACAGCUUGGGAACACUUGGUGCGUGGCCCCGCCUACAUAGGAAGUAAGCCUCCAUUUCCCAGAAUGCCUCUGCCAUGACGUCCCGCAAGCUUUGGCACUCUCCUGGUGGAAGACUCCAUUUCCCAGAAUGCUUGGACCCUGACUUCACCCAAGCCUUGACACCGCCCCUUGCGCCUUCUCAGGGCAUGUUGGGAAUCCGUUGAGGUCUUGUCUCUGCUCCUGGAGAGCUCACUGGUAUCCUUUUUGGGACUUUCUUCUUGUGAGGCUUCCGCAGUGGAGACCAUCUUUUCUGUAACUCCUGGGGAGCGAGAAGAUGCCGGUGGACCAGUUGCGGGUAACUGAACUUGGAAGUCGGGCUGGGGGAAGGGGGAAGCUCCGGUGCUCGUUGGACCAGAGAGAGGGGGCAGGGGCGGUGUGAGUUUGGGGGAGGGCGAGGUCUCUGUUUGUGUGUCUGUGUCUGUUCAACGCUUUCAAUGACCCUAGAAAAGGGAGAAAUACGGAGGUGCCCCUAUGAGGCGGGGCGGCUCUGUCUGAACCAGGAGCCAUAGCGGGCCUUUGCCCUCCCCUAGAGAAAAGAAUGCCCCCCCACACACCUUUCCUCUCCCCCACCUCCACUCCUCUGCUGGGCGAUGGGCGUGCGACUGGUGACAGGAUGGGGGCGGGGCUGGUCCAGGUCCUUCCCCAAAGGUCCAAGGGGAGAAGCAGCCAAUCCGAGCCUGGUUGGGGAGGGGGAGGUGGGUGCCCGUGCCCACCGGCCAUGGAAGGAGCUCCGACAAAUGCCAACACAUUCCCGCAACCCCGGCCUGAUGCCCCCUCCCCUCGUCCAGCGUCUCCGGGCCCCCCCGCCCCCCAUUCCCCAUAACCUCUCCUCCAUUCCACCCUGUCCUCCCAAUGCAGUCUCUGAAAGGAAUGAAGCCAAAGAGAGCAGCAGAGGGGGUGGGGAGGCUUCUUCCUGGCCAGGUCCUUUCCAAGCCUGAAGCUCCCUGUCCCCUCCUGUGGGGAGUCUCCCCUGCGGGUAGGGGGGGCGCUGGGGUCUCCUCUGGUCCCUCCCCUUCUCUAAUGCCCCACAGGUGCACAAGAGGAAGUCUCCCCACCUUGGGGCUCCCACCCCCUGAGGGACCACAGUCUGGCCCAAGCAGAGACCCUGGAGCCAGAGGGAAUGGCCCCCGGGACCCAGAGGCGCCCUUCCCAGAGGCAGAGACUAAUCUUGAAGUGAAGGAGAUGUCUCCAAAGCUGAGCUUUCUUGUGGAGCAAUCUGGUCUUCAAAGAGGCAUGAAUAAGGAUCUCUAUGACUUCAAUUUCAGAGAAAUCUGUGACUCUAAAAUCAAGAUAAAUAAAAAUCCAAAGAAUGACUAUGAAUUUGAUGAAAUUGCAGAGAAAUUCAUCCACCAUUCAGGCCUAAAUCAGUAUAUGAAACUGAACUCAGGAAAUGACUAUUGUUGGGAUAGUGAAUACAUCAAAUGCUUUUCUGAAAAAUUGGGAUUUGAACAGACACAUGAGAAACCUGAAAAGUCCAUGUACCAGUGUAACCUAAGGAGAAUCUCUUAUGGCUCAAGCUUAAACCUCAGAAGAAAUAGUAAAAAUACAGAGAUGCUUUCUGUGAGUAAUAUAGGGGUGAGAUCUUUUGGUCAGAAUUCUGAGCUUGGUUCAUAUAAAACAAUCCACUCUGAAGAGAGACCUUAUGAAUGUAAACAGUGUGGAAAGUCUUUCAAAUGGAGGGGAAAUCUUGCUCAGCAUGAGAGAAUCCACACCGGAGAGAAACCUCAUGAAUGUACACAAUGUGGAAAGACUUUCACACGGAGUACCCACCUUUCUUCACAUCUGAAAAUCCACACCGGAGACAAAUCUUAUGAAUGUACACAGUGUAGAAAGACUUUCAUACACAGGGAGAGUCUUGCCACACAUCAGAGGAUACACACUGGAGAGAAACCUUAUGAAUGUACACAAUGUCUAAAGGCUUUCACACAGAGGGGAAAUCUUGCUAAACAUCAGAGAAUCCACUCUGGAGAGAAACCUUAUGAAUGUAAACAAUGUGGAAAGGCUUUCACACAGAGGUGCUCUCUUACUGCACAUCAGAGAAUCCACACUGGUGAGAAACCUUAUGAAUGUACACAAUGUGGAAAGGCAUUCAAAUGGGGGGGCCAUCUUGCUGACCAUCAAAGAAUCCACUCUGGAGACAAACCUUAUGAAUGUACACAAUGUGGAAAGGCUUUUACAGAGAGGGGCUCUCUUGAUAAGCAUCAAAGAAUCCACUCUGGAGAGAAGCCUUAUGAAUGUAAACAAUGUGGAAAGGCUUUCAAAAGGAGCAGCCAUCUUGCUGUACAUCUGAAAAUCCACACUGGAGUGAAAUCUUACGAAUGUAAACAAUGUGGAAAGGCUUUCACACAGAGGGGCAAUCUUGCUAAGCAUCAGAGAAUCCACUCUGGAGAGAAACCUUAUGAAUGUAAACAAUGUGGGAAGGCUUUCACUGUGAGUAACUCUCUUGCUGAACAUCAGAGAAUCCACACUGGAGAGAAACCUUUUGAAUGUAUACAGUGUGGAAAGGCUUUCACACAGAGGGGUGAUCUUGUUAAGCAUCAGAGAAUCCACUCUGGAGAGAAACCUUAUGAAUGUACACAGUGUCGAAAGGCUUUCACACAGAGGGGCAAUCUUGCUCAGCAUCAGAGAAUCCAUGCUGGAGAGAAACCUUAUGAAUGUAAAUAAUGUGGAAAGGCUUUCACACACAGGAUGAGUUUUGCUGCACAUCAGAGAAUCCACACUGGAGAGAAACUUUAUGAAUGUAAUAAUUUUUUAUAAUCUUUCUCUUAAUGCUUUGAAGAUGCUUCAUGCCAGAAAAUCCCCUCUGGAAAGAAACCUCAUGAGUGAGACUGAGCUUAUAGUUGCCACUCUUAGCUUUAACAGAAGAAGAUCCACACUAGAGAGAAACUAGGAAUAUGAUACAUGUGGUAAGACCUUCAAACAGCAAUCAUUUCUCAAUGCCAAGGGAGAAUUAAUUUUUUGUAGAAAUCUUAUUUCUGUUAUGAAUGAAGAAAGCCAUUGAAAUAGAGGGUAAAGUUUGUUCAGUAUGAGAAAAUGUCUUCUGAACAGACCAGUUCCAGAUGGAUUCCCUGUAGGAAGGAUUUCAGCUAGAGAUCAUCUCUUUAUGUAAGCGAAUUCAUAGUGGAAAAAAAAAACCUAAUGGAUGUGCUCAAGUUUAUGUGCUUUCCUUAGAAAGAAGAUCAUUACUAUCAUUUGGAGAAAUGCAAAUGAGAACAAGUCUGAGGUACCAGCAUCUCUUUUAUUGGCUAUUAUGAAGGAAAAGGAAAGUGACAAAUGUUGGAGGGCAUGUGGGAAGAUUGAAUAAGGAAUGAACUUUUGGUGUUGUGAACUAAUUCAACAUUUCAGAAAGAUCAAUUUGGAACUAUGUCCACAGGGCAUUAAUAAACAAAAAAUGAAAAGGA